CGAAGAACCACCCUUCCCCCAAACAACAAACCCUUUCCGCGGUAUGACCACCACUAUUGUAUAUAUCGGGAAGUUUAUUAUCUCUGCGAAUAAGACGUCAAUCUUUGUUUGUUUUACACACGAACAAAGAGCGAAAAGAACGGGACGUUUAGGAACUCUAAUGCUGACCAACUUUUGAUUUUACUGGACAAUGCGGAUGAAGCUGUUGAUGAUUGGGGGCCCAGGUGCAUGCAACAUAAGGUACUACUAUCCACUCACCCAAAGAAGCUGCAUCAUCAAAGAAGCCCAUCGCCGUUACAAAUUUUGCCCUAAAAAGGAACGUUUCUCCUUGAGGCUAAAAAAGGGCAUAAAUCAACGCCCCUAAAACUUUGCGCCGAACAGGGGAAGAAAGCAUAAACCAUCACCUCUUUCCUUCUUUUGCAAAAAAAAAAACAAAACAAAACAAGCAACUCAUCUAUCAAAACAUGGCUCAAUGGGACGUUGUCGUUGUAGGCGGUGGCAAUGCUGGUUAUUCUGCCGCGAUCGCUGCCAAGCAAGCCGGUGCGGGCCGCGUGCUCUUGAUUGAAAAAUCCACCGAGACUUCCUAUCCGGGCGGAAACAGCUACUUUACUGCAGGGGCAUUUCGCACGGUCUUUGAUGGCCUCGAUGAUCUCCUGCCUAUUUUACAUAACGUGGAUGCCGAAACAGCCAAGCUGAUUGACAUGGACCCAUACACGCCCGACAACUUUAUGAACGACCUUAUGCGCGUGACCGGUGGCCGUGCCGAUCCAGAUCUUGCCAAUGUCCUCGUGGGCAAGAGUCGCGAGACCAUCGACUGGCUAAGCAAGGUGGGCAUCCAGUUCCGUCUGUCAUUCAAUCGUCAAGCGUACAAGGUAGACGGACGUUUCAAGUUUUGGGGCGGGAUGGUACUCAGCGUUGUGGAUGGUGGCAAAGGCAUGAUCCAGCAAUACCACGCAUCCGCGCUCCGCCAUGGCGUGGCUGUCCAAUACGGUACCAGCAUGACGCGUUUGGUGACCGACGUACACACAAACAAGGUCCUCGGUCUCGAGGCACUUUUGCAGAGCACCGGUACGUGUCAGACGAUUACGUCCCAUGCGGUCAUUUUGACGUGUGGUGGAUUUGAAGCCUCGCCCUCCAUGCGUGCACAGUAUCUGGGCAAGCAUUGGGACUUGGCACACGUCCGUGGCACGCCUUUCAACACCGGUGACGGUUUGAUGAUCGCACAGCGCGACGUGAAUGCGAAAACGGCAGGCGGAUAUAGCUCGUGUCAUGCCACCUGCUGGGACGCCAGCACCGACCCCAACAAGGGCGACACGGUACUGACCAACCAGUUCACCAAGAGCGGGUAUCCCUUGGGCAUCAUGGUCAACCGCGACGGCCAUCGGUUUGUCGAUGAAGGCAUGGAUUUCCGUAACUACACGUAUGCGUUCUUUGGCAAGGAAAUCAUGCAUCAGCCCGGCAGUGUUGCGUUCCAGAUCUUUGAUGCCAAGGCGUUGCCGUGGUUGCGCGAGGAAGAGUAUGCGGACCAUGUGGUCCACAAGGUGGUUGCCAACUCGAUCGAGGCAUUGGCCGAGCAAUUGGCUGCGCAAAAGAAGGGUUCGUGGAAGGCAACCUUGUCCAGCAAGCAGGCAUUGGUGGAUACGAUUUGCGAAUACAAUGAUGCCGUCGCGGCGCAUCGACGCGAAAACCCGGACGUCAAAUGGGAUCCGGCUGUCAAGGACGGAUUGUCGACUCAGUCUUCUCAGAAACAGCUCAAGUUACCUAAAUCCAACUGGGCAUUGUCUAUCGAUCAGGCUCCGUUUGUCGCCGUCAAGAUCACUACCGGUAUUACGUUUACAUUUGGUGGUUUAGGCGUUGACCCGGUAACCGCCGCUGUUCUCAACACACAUUCCCAGCCAAUCAGCAACCUGUAUGCUGCAGGCGAAAUUGUGGGUGGCGCCUUUUACGACAAUUACCCUGGUGGGAGUGGACUCAUGUUGGGUGCAAUCCUGGCGCGCAAGGCAGGCACUUCGGCUGCUGCCGUUGCUGCUGCUAAUAAUAAGCAUACUACCAAGCUUUAGACAAACAAUAGGGGGAAUGAAACACACACGUAAUAGUUGUACAAUAAACGCGUGAAUCUUUAACGUAAAGGAGUGC